UCCAAAGCGACCGCAAUGACUGCCCCAUGACGGCACCCCGGCAACGUAUUUAAGGUUCCGCGGUUCGCUGCUGGAGGCAGAGCGUGUGGCGCUACACCACACCACACUAGCAGCUUGACCUGAAGCAGACGACAGACUACGCCAUGUUCCGCCUGUCGUUGCUGGUGCUAGCGAUGGCGGUGACGGUCGCCUUCUGCAUCCCCGCAGACGUCGAUCCACAGCCAGAGGAAGCCCAGGAGACGCUGGGAACCGCCGAGUCUGCGUGGGGCGGCCGCGGCUGGGGCGGCCGCGGCUGGGGAGGCGGCUGGGGCGGCAGAGGCUGGGGAGGCGGCUGGGGCGGCAGAGGCUGGGGAGGCGGCUACGGGGGCAGAGGCUGGGGCGGCGGCUGGGGCGGCGGCGGCUGGGGAGGCCGCGGCUGGCACUACGGCUGAAGCUGAAGCCUCACCUGCCACUGUUACUCACUCACUGUUGCUGCCAAUAAACUGCUCUCUGCUUCCACUCUAA